GAGUCUUCCUGGAAAGAGCAUAUAUUACCCCCAACUUCCACACCAACUCCCUCUCAUAGGUAUUAUUAUACUGAUGGAUUCAUUUCCAAAAAGUAAAACAGAAAUUUCUUACAUAAGUUGUUUGUUUUUCCCUCGAAUUUUCAUCUGUUUUUCUCCUUCCUCAUGCUCAUACACUUAUCCUUUCUACUUUGUUUCUGAGGUAUUGAGCCGUCUAUUUUCUAUUUUGAACAUUACAUCCACAUAUAUUUUCAAAAGUUUUAUCAUACAAUUUAGAGCAUUUAUUUUAUCUUCUUAUUGUCUAUUAUUGAUUACUUCUAGGCUACCGAAGCAGUUGAAGGCAUGAUCACCGACAAUAAAUGGGAAUCAAGCAAGAUGUUCAAUUUGAGUGCCGAUACCUUCUCGAAGAUGAAAAAUUUGAGAUUGCUCAAAGUUCUUUGCGUAUCAAAUUGUGAUGAUCUCAAAUAUCUUUCUAAUGAACUACGACUUUUAGAUUGAACAGGAUAUCCUUUAAAAUCCUUGCCUUCAAGCUUCCAGCCAGACAAUCUUGUUGGCCUUCUUUUACCAUAUAGUCAUAUUGAACAACUAUGGAAGGGAAAUAGACCCUUGUUUAGGUUGAAAACGAUCAACCUCAAAGGCUCCCAAAACCUGAUCAAGACACCUGACUUCACAACAACACCAAAACUUGAAGCUUUGAUUAUGGAAGGUUGUACCAGAUUAGUAGAUGUCCAUCCAUCAAUUGGAGUGCUUAAGAACCUUAAACUUUUGAAUUUAAGAGACUGCAAAAGUCUUAGGAGUCUUCCAACUAAAAUUGGAAUGGAAUCUCUUGAAACAUUAAUUCUUUCAGGUUGCUCAAAUCUUAUAAGGUUUUCGGAAAUUGAUGGGAAAAUGGAACAUUUAAAAACUCUUGAUCUUUCUGGUUGUUAUAAAAUUAAACAUUUGCCGGUGAGCUUGCAGCAAGUAGAGUUUUUGGAAGGGCUUGACUUGAGUGAAACAAGCAUAACAGAGCCACCAUCCUUCAUUUUUCAUUUGAAAAAUAUUAAAAUUCUAUCUUUCAGUGGGCGCAAGGGACCAUCAAAUAAGUCACGACCAAAUUUGCCUUCUCUUUUCAAGGUAAUCCAAGGAAGGAUGAAUCCCAUGGCUCGGAUGUUGCCUUUGUUGUCAGGUUUGAGUUCAUUAAGAAUGCUAAAUCUAAGGGACUGCAAUCUUUGUGAAGGAGAUAUUCCACGUGAUAUUUCUGGUCUAUCCUGUUUGAUGAAUCUUGAUCUUAGUGGUAACAAUUCCAUCAGCAUACCUGCAUCUCUUACUCGGCUCUCAAAGCUUUGGUUUCUUGAUUUGUCAAAUUGCAACAUGUGCACUCUUGGUGAAGCAGAUAUUCAUCGUCUAUCCUCUUUGAGUUAUCUUUAUCUUGGGGGUAACAAUUUCAUCACCAUUCCUUUGGCUCUUACUCAACUUUGCAGCCUUAAAUUGCUUGGGUUAUCAAACUGCAUAGAGCUUAAAUUCUUGCCUGACCUUCUAACAAGUAUAGCAGAUGUGCGUAUAGAUGGUUGUGCUUCACUUGAAGUAGUUGCAAGUCCAUCAAAAGUAUGCAAUUUAGUGGAUGAGGCUUCCGUUAAAGCCAUUAACUGCUUCAAAUUGGCUGAGAAUAUUCAUGCAUUAACACUGCUAAAAAAACAUCUUAAGGCAUUUUCAAAUUCAAGAAAAAAGUUUGAUAUUAUCAUGCCCGGAAGUAAAAUCCCAGAAUGGUUUAGCCAACAAAAAAGUGACUCUUCAAUUAAGAUACCCCUUCCGAAAGAUAGUCAAUGGAUUGGAGUUGCUUCUUGCUGCACUUUUAUCAAUAAUGAUGCUUCAAGGGAUGAUGAGGAUAUCAGUUGUAGUGCAUUUAUCUAUUGCAGAAAUUCUGAACAAACCAGCUGUGAUGGAUCUAUUUUUCGAGGUAGAGAUUGUAGACAGAUUGAUGGGAGCAGCUGGUUGGUGGGUAAAGGAUUUAACGAGCCCAUAAUGAAAGAUCACCUUUUUCUUCUGCUGGACGCUUCCAGAAUACCAAUACGACCGAUUAUCUAACCUUAUGAUGUCUUCAUUUCGAUCUCUUCAUAUUUCCAAUUCAUUUUCAGUUUGGUUCCCUCUCCUUUUCCAUAACCCUCAACCUCUCAGCAUACUCAGGGACGCUGCCGAUCAGGUAAAAGUCUUUCUUUUUCUUUAGCGUUUCCUUUGCAAGAAUAUGUGCUAGUUCAUUCGUUGUUCGUGGAUUGUGUCCGACCCGGAUAUUUUCAUUUUUUGGCCAGUAACUGCUGGAUUUCAUGGAUAUAUUCCCCAAUUAUAGAUCUGUCUCUGUCUCUUCCCUUGCAUUUCUUUAUGACCGCUAAUGCAUCUCCUUCGAUGAUGAUUUGUGGCCAUUGCAUGUCGAUGCCGAUACGAGCUGCUGUCCUACAAACGAUUGCUUCAGCAGCGUAAGCUAAUACAACUUGGUGAUAGAUCUCGGAAAAUGACAAAAGAACUGUACCUUCGCUAUCCCUUGCUACAAUCCCCACUGCCGAUUGACAAGUAGUGCCAUCAUAUGCUGCAUCAAAAUUAAUCUUCACGAACGGACUUGGUGGAUGUUCCCAGCGCUUAACGACCUGAAAAGACGAUGGUAUGUUGUUGUUGGCUCCAUCUAAUUUUGAAAUAUAUCUGUUUACAAAAUCUGCUAUCUCUUUGCCUGAUCUUCUUGUUUUUUCAUGUAUUCUCUUGUUCCUGUCCCCCUAAAUGGCCCACAAAGCGCAACAAAAUAACCUACACUGGUGUGAAGAUAACUGUUCGAAAACCCGAGUAAGCCAUUCUUUGAACUCCAGAUGUGUUAUCUUAAGCAACUCCGCAAGAGAUAAACCUUUCCAUACGGCUUGUGUAACACGGUAUUCCCGAAAAAUAUGGUUCAUGGUUUCUGCUGCUUCUCCACAGCAAGGGCAACAUAUAUCAUUUGAAAGCUUGCAAAGUUGCAUGUUAAUCCAUGUGGGAAGAUAAUUCCAGAAUAUCUUCCAAAUUGUGAUUUUUAUCUUGGAUGGUAGAUUGAGUAGCCAAAGUUUUUUGUAGAAUUUUUUGUAGUCGUUUUGUAAAGCAUAAGCUCUAGGGAUGCUUAAAA